AUGAAACUCGUCGAGAGAUCAACCGGCAACCUAACGGAGGUUUCAUUGGCCAUAGCCAAACAUUUGUUCUCCAAAGAUGAAUAUAAAGAAAAGAACAUUGUGUUUUCGCCAUUGUCGCUGCAAAUCAUACUCAGUAUCAUCGCUGUUGGCUCUAAGGGUGCCACACAACACCAGCUUCUUGAAUUCCUCCAUUAUGACUCUACCGGCAAACUCAAAACCUUAUGCUCUCAACUCGUUUCCUAUGUGCUCGCGGAUAACAGUUCCGCCGGUGGACCUCUGGUCUCUUUCGUCAAUGGUGUCUGGGUUGAACAAUCAUCAUCUCUUAAACCUUCCUUCAAAAAAAGCGUGUCUACUGAUUUCAAAGCCGCUAUUGCCUCAGUUGAUUUUAUAACCAAGGCACGUGAAGUAGCAAAAGAAGUGAAUUCAUGGGCUGAAAAGGAGACAAAGGGUCUUAUAAAGAAUCUACUUCCACCUGAUGCAGUUGAUAGCUUAACCAGACUUAUCUUUGCAAAUGCACUAUACUUCAAAGGAGCAUGGUGCGAGGAGUUUGAUAAAUCAAAAACAAAAGACUAUGAUUUUUACCUUCUCAAUGGCAGCUCAGUCAAAGUUCCUUUCAUGACGAGUAAGGAUAAACAAUUUAUUAGUGUUUUUGAUGGUUUUAAAGUCCUUCAACUUUUUUAUAAGGAAGGUGAGUCCUAUAAGCAUAAGGAUAGGCGUAGUUUCUCUAUUUACUUUUAUCUUCCUGAUGCAAAAGACGGAUUGUUAGCUCUGAUUGAAAAGGUGGCUUCUGAAUCUGAAUUUAUAGAACAUACUAGUCCUACUGAUUCAGUGCCAGUAGGUGACUUUAAAAUUCCAAGAUUCAGAAUUUCUUUUGACCUUGAAACUUCUAGUAUUUUGAAGGAGCUAGGAGUGGUUUUACCUUUCUCUGAAGCAGGUGGAGGUUUGACAAAAAUGGUAGAGGAGUCUCCCAUGGGUAAAGAACUUUAUGUUUCAAGCAUAUACCACAAGUCUUUUAUUGAAGUAAAUGAAAGAGGAACUGAAGCUGCUGCAGCGUCCUGUGAUGCAAUAUUUGGAUGCUCUAUGUUUAGAAAACCACCACCACCUCCGAUAGACUUUGUAGCAGACCACCCUUUCAUGUUUUUGAUUAGAGAAGAUUGCUCUGGAACAAUACUCUUUGUUGGACAAGUCCUCAAUCCCGAAGCACGUGAAGUAGCAAAAGAAGUGAAUUCAUGGGCUGAAAAGGAGACAAAGGGUCUUAUAAAGAAUCUACUUCCACCUGAUGCAGUUGAUAGCUUAACCAGACUUAUCUUUGCAAAUGCACUAUACUUCAAAGGAGCAUGGUGCGAGGAGUUUGAUAAAUCAAAAACAAAAGACUAUGAUUUUUACCUUCUCAAUGGCAGCUCAGUCAAAGUUCCUUUCAUGACGAGUAAGGAUAAACAAUUUAUUAGUGUUUUUGAUGGUUUUAAAGUCCUUCAACUUUUUUAUAAGGAAGGUGAGUCCUAUAAGCAUAAGGAUAGGCGUAGUUUCUCUAUUUACUUUUAUCUUCCUGAUGCAAAAGACGGAUUGUUAGCUCUGAUUGAAAAGGUGGCUUCUGAAUCUGAAUUUAUAGAACAUACUAGUCCUACUGAUUCAGUGCCAGUAGGUGACUUUAAAAUUCCAAGAUUCAGAAUUUCUUUUGACCUUGAAACUUCUAGUAUUUUGAAGGAGCUAGGAGUGGUUUUACCUUUCUCUGAAGCAGGUGGAGGUUUGACAAAAAUGGUAGAGGACUCUCCUCUGGGCGAAGAACUUUAUGUUUCAAGCAUAUACCACAAGUCUUUUAUUGAAGUAAAUGAAAGAGGAACUGAAGCUGCUGCAGCGUCCUGUGAUGCAGUAUUUGGAUGCUCUAUGUUUAGAAAACCACCACCACCUCCCAUAGACUUUGUAGCAGACCACCCUUUCAUGUUUUUGAUUAGAGAAGAUUGCUCUGGAACGGUGCUUUUUAUUGGACAAGUGCUCGAUCCCAAUGUUUUAGAAAACAGUUUGUUACCGCAAAAACAGUCGCAACAAAACAGUAAUAAAAGGCGCCGAUAUCGAUCACAACAAACCGGUUAUAAAAGGCGCCGAUAUUGA